UAUAAUAUCAAAGCUAGUUCUAUAAUCCACUUCUCCAUUGAGAGAGACAGAGAGAGAGAGGCAGUGGUGUGACUCUUUUCUCUUCUCAAACCUCAUCAUAUUCUCUAGCUCCACCCCUGCAUGCCCUUGCCCAUAUAUAUAAAUACCCCCAGAUCUUACUCUCAUCCACCCAACUCCCUCCUUUUACUACCUUUUAGUAUUCAUUCAUUCAUUCAUUCUCUCUGUCUCUCUUUCUAUUCAAACAUGGAAACCACCCACUGCCAAUCCAAGAGCACAAGCCCACGUCUCAAGCUCUUUGGCUAUGAACUAGCAGAGGACGGAGACACUGACCACACGGCCACGCCACCGCCGGAAGUUGGCUCACCCUCCUCCACCACCACCACCACCAACACCAACACCACCAACGAGACUAGAAAGUUUGAGUGUCAGUACUGUUGCCGAGAGUUCGCCAACUCUCAGGCUUUGGGCGGUCACCAGAACGCGCACAAGAAGGAAAGACAGCAGCUGAAGCGCGCUCAGAUGAUGCACCACAACACCAACGCUCACCGCUCACCACCCGGUACGUUGUACCCGCGGAACCCCAUGACAUCAGCUUUCGCCCCGCCACCUCCUCUUCUCUCCGCGGACCCCACCGCACCACCUCAGCUGGUGGUCCCCGCGCCGAGCUGGGUCUACUUCUCCCGCGCCAUUGCGCCGGAGAUACACGUGUCGCAUGGUGGGAUGAUUCCACAAGCUGUUCGGGCUCCGCAGCCGUUCUCGUUCUCACACACGGAUGAGGCUGACUCGGGCAUGAUGUCUCGGAGAACUCGGACGGUUCCGGCUCAGUUUGCUAACGGGUUUAACCGGUUAGCGGAUUCUUCUGGACCCAUGGAUGGUGAGUCCGGAUCGGACGAUGGGUUCGGGUUGGACCUGCAUCUUAGCCUCGCGCCAGCUGGUUUAUGACUCGGUUGCGUGAUUUAACAUGUGAUGAGUCAUGGAUGGAUAGUGCAUGAGAACCAAUGGCUCUUCUAUUGAAUGAGAUAAUUAAUGUGUAAAUUUUUUAAUUCUUUAAUUUGAUUUUUAAUCUUCCAUCUUAAACAUGAUGAU